CGCGGUCCACAGCAUGUCCUCCUCGGGCACAGCUGCGGAGGGAGAGGCAGCCCCCGCCCAGCCCGCGUCCGAAAAAGAGCCCGACAUGCCCGGCCCGAGAGAGGAAAGUGAAGAGGAGGACGAGGACGACGAGGAGGAGGAGGAGGAAGAAGAGAAAGAAAAGAGCCUCAUUGUGGAAGGCAAGAGGGAGAAGAAGAAAGUAGAGAGGUUGAUGAUGCAAGUCUCUUCCUUACAAAGAGAGCCGUUUACAAUCGCACAAGGAAAAGGGCAGAAACUUUGUGAAAGUGAAAGGAUACAUUUCUUUUUGAGUAAGAAGAAAACAGAUGAACUUAGAAAUCUCCAUAAACUGCUUUACAACAGACCAGGAACAGUGUCCUCAUUAAAGAAGAAUGUGGGUCAGUUCAGUGGCUUUCCAUUUGAAAAAGGAAGUAUCCAAUAUAAAAAGAAGGAAGAAAUGUUGAAAAAAUUUAGAAAUGCCAUGUUAAAGAGCAUCUGCGAGGUUCUUGACUUGGAGAGAUCGGGUGUAAAUAGUGAACUGGUGAAAAGGAUCUUGAAUUUUUUAAUGCAUCCCAAGCCUUCUGGCAAACCGUUGCCAAAAUCUAAGAAAAGUUCUAGCAAAGGCAACAAAAAGGAACGGAACAGUUCUGGGAUGGCCAGGAAAGCUAAGCGAACCAAAUGUCCUGAAAUCCUGUCAGAUGAAUCUAGCAGUGAUGAAGAGGAAAAGAAAAACAAAGAAGAGUACUCAGAGGAUGAAGAUAAAGAGAGUGAAGAGGAGACUUUAGAAAUGAUUCUUAGACAUAAAGCAAAUUUGAGCAAUUUUUUUAAUCAAGUUCAAAAUGGGUUGUAAAGCAGCAGAGACAAC